GCUUAUUAACCAUAUUUCCUCACUCUGCCAAAAAAAACACAACCAUCCUUUAUCCCGAAAAAAACAUUUUUUUGAGUAGUCAAAUUGUAUAUACUCACAAGCAAAAAAAAGAAAAACUAAGUGCUCAUAAAAAUGGAGAGUGAGUUUGAUGUUUCCAGAUACACCUACUCAGACACCGAGGAGGAGGAAGAAGAGGAGGAAGAAGAUGAAGAAGAAGACGAGGAAGAGGACAGAAAGUUAUUGAAGUGCAAUAGCAUUUACAGCGGUGGGUCAUUUUUGGGUAAGGUGUUGGACCGCCGCGGCCGCGGUGGAGCCACCGCAAAAGGGUGGGUUCAGGAAUGGAACCGGGUGUUCCUGCUGGCGUGCGCCACCGGGCUGUUCGUGGACCCUCUGUUCUUCUACACGCUGUCCAUCAGCGACAACUGCAUGUGCCUGUUCGUGGACGGGUGGUUCGCCGCCACGGUGACGGUGCUCCGGUGCAUGACGGACACGUUGCACCUGUGGAACACGUGGCUGAAGUUCAAGGCUCACGGGCGGCGCCGUGCUGCCGGGAGGGAGCAUUCAGCAGACAGGAACCACGUGACGGCGGCAGUAGGAGUGGUCAGGGCAAAUAAGAGCCUCAUUUUUGAUCUUUUUGUCGUCCUCCCCUUGCCUCAGAUAGUGCUUUGGGUGGCAAUCCCAGCAUUGUUGAAGAAAGGGUUGACAGCUGAGGUGAUGACAACGUUGUUGAUAAUGUUUCUGUUGCAGUACCUCCCCAAGAUCUACCACUCCGUCCGCCACCUGCGGCGGACCCAAAACUUCUCCGGCUACAUUUUUGGCACUGUCUGGUGGGGAAUCGCUCUCAACAUGAUCGCAUAUUUCGUGGCCUCCCACGCCGUAGGUGCAUGUUGGUACUUGCUGGGUAUCCAAAGGGCUGCUAGAUGCUUUAAAGAACAUUGCAGAAUGACAAAUGGAUGCAGUGUUAAAAUGCUGGCUUGUGAGCAGCCAAUAUAUUAUGGAACUACAAACUUGGUGAAGGACAGAGGCCGUCUGAUGUGGGGGGAAAACGCCCAAGCAAGAACAACUUGCCUUAGUGGAGACAGUUCUGUUUAUGGUGCCUACAAAUGGACUGUCCAACUUGUUACAAAUGAAAACCGUUUGGAAAAGAUUCUUUUUCCUAUCUUCUGGGGACUCAUGACUCUCAGUACUUUCGGUAAUUUGGAGAGCACAACAGAUUGGCUUGAAGUGGUUUUCAUUAUUAUCGUGCUAACUAGUGGGCUACUUCUUGUCACCAUGUUGAUUGGCAACAUCAAGGUAUUUUUGCACGCAACGACGUCAAAGAAACAGGCAAUGCAACUGAAGAUGAGAAACGUAGAGUGGUGGAUGAGGAGGAGGCGGUUGCCGCUUGAAUUUAGGCAUAGGGUAAGAAAUUAUGAGCGGCAACGUUGGGCAGCAAUGCGCGGAGUAGAUGAAUGUGAAAUGAUCCAAAAUCUUCCAGAAGGUCUUCGAAGAGACAUUAAAUAUCACCUAUGUUUAGACUUGGUUAGACAGGUACCUCUAUUUCAGCAUAUGGAUAAUUUGGUUCUUGAGAACAUCUGUGACAGGGUGAAAUCUCUUAUAUUUACAAAGGGAGAAACUAUAACAAGAGAGGGAGACCCAGUGCAGAGAAUGUUGUUUAUAGUAAGAGGUCACCUUCAAAGCAGCCAAGUACUCCGAGAGGGUGUGAAAAGUUGCUGCAUGUUAGGCCCGGGAAACUUUAGCGGUGACGAGCUCCUAUCAUGGUGUCUCCGACGGCCAUUUGUGGAGCGGCUUCCACCGUCAUCGUGCACCCUGGUGACACUAGAGGCCACAGAGGCAUUUGGGCUGGAUGCCCAAGACGUUAAGUAUGUAACCCAACACUUCAGAUACACCUUUGUGAAUGAGAAAGUGAAGAGAAGCGCAAGGUACUAUUCUCCUGGGUGGAGGACUUGGGGAGCAGUUGCUAUCCAACUAGCCUGGCGGAGAUACAAACAUCGCUUAACGCUCACUUCUCUCUCCUUUAUCAGGCCAAGGAGACCACUGUCUAGGUGUUCCUCGCUCGGAGAAGAAAGGCUCAGGCUAUAUACGGCUUUGUUGACUUCCCCAAAGCCUAAUCAGGAUGAUUUUGAUUUCUAGGGAAAAAUUGUUUUAUUCAUUUUGAUUCAUUACAUGCGCAUAUAGCACAUCAUAUCUACAUACGUUCUUUCACUUGUGGACCGAUAUUAUUGUCUCGAAUCCAAUAAUGGCUUUGCUUUGGUUCAACUCCUAAUGAUUAAGUUUUAAGAUCGAGGUGUUGUGAGCCUAUGGUGCAUAUACAAUACAAGGUAUUGACAUUGGUUACCAAAAUAUCAUAUAAUAUUGUUACAUUAUAUAUUGUACGUAGGUUUAUAAGA